GGACAGAACAUCAUCAAGCAAGAAAAUGGAAAAGGGUUUGCUCUACACAAAAAGCCAUCUAUGACCUUUAACUUUUGCGGCAUCCCCUGCACCCCGCCCAAUCAAUGGGAGCUGCAGUUUCAACCGCUUAUCGUCGACGGCGCCUCUGAGGCUUCGCGCACGGAUGCGCAUCACGUCGUUGCACCGCAGCUGCAGUCCUUAGAUUUUUAUGCGGACUUUUACAACGAGCACCACACCUGCUGUUGGCCACGCACGCUCUUUGACACUCAUAUUGGUGAAGCAGCAGAAGCAGUCGCAUGUGCUUCCGCGAAGAUCCAUUUGAAGGAAGGCAGCUCUUUUUCGCCCAGCGAGGGCGGUAAUGUGGCAGGAGGCGUCGACGGAAACGGCCAGUACAACCGUAAAGAAACAGCAGGCAACCAGGCGGAUGUUUACCUUCAACACGUGAUCCAAGUGGCGGAGCAACUGUUUCGUGCACAGCUGGAAAAGCCGCCACGAGCACCACAUGCUCGUCGCAUUGUGUAUCACCAAGCCGUUCCCCCAGUGCUCCGGUGCAGCGAGCACGGCGACUCUCUCGUGUACGUUCUAAAAGGUCAGAUUGUUCUGCGCCACUGCUGUCAUUGCUGCGACCCUCACGAGACUUCACCGACAAGAAACGGUUGUUAUUCUGAAAGCAAGGAACAUCGGUGCUCACACGCGCAACGACCCGAUGCGUUGGCCAGGGAUAUCUUCCCGUUGUUUCUCCUCAUGGUGCCCUCUGCAGAGUGCGCGGGAUAUCUAGACAGCGAGGCCGGGUCCGCCUCGGAGUCGAACGAGUGGCGUGCACAGCCAAUGGUGCUCGCCCUGGAGUCCGUUUCACAGGCAAAUCAGGCACCCGAGGCAACAGAGAUGAGUGGUGACUGUAGUGAAGGGGAUGGUCGACGGCGGAGCGGCCCGCGGUGGUGUGCCGUCUACUCUCCUUUUACGUGGCUGUGCAACCCGCUAGGAAAUCAGCGCGUGUCGUCGCUGCUACGCACAAACGCAGCCGUCACACGGGUGCCGCGACGACCUCCGCACACCCGGUCCACUCCGUUGUUUUCGUCACGUAGAGGCAGAACGUCGCCUUUCCCGGCGGAAGCGCCACAGCGGGGUGGCAAAGGUGGCCGCAGCAACGGCGGCGGUGUUGGCGCAGAUCUCUCUCCGCUGACCCUGGCCUUCGGCCUCUACGCGACGGUCUACACGUCACCGGCCGCAAAGCAGCACAUCCUUGCCGAAGUGCACACACGUCUCCUUUACGUUCCGCACGUCACACAGGCCGUCAGGUUUGGCUUCGGCGGCAGUACAGGCGCUGACGGCGAAGCAGCAGAAGAGAACGCGGCGCAACUGGCACUGGCCCGCUCGCGCCGACCAAAGCAGCUGAUGCGGCUUCUGGAGUCGACGAUGAAGUACCGAGCAGCAACACCAAACAGCGAGGUGAUUGUCGCCGCGGAAGAUGUGAAAGGGGAGGAGGGGAAGGACAACGAUGCGGGGCCCUCUCACGGUACAACACACGCGUCACACGACUGCAUUUCUCCUCCUCGCAAGGCCUCUCGUCGUCACGCACAGCAAGAAGUGACUCCCAUCACUCCCGCACAUCAGGAACGGUCGCCUGUGGUGGAGGUGCCUGCUGUGCGGACCUCUUUCGUAGGCACACUUCGCACCGCUCGACCAGUCGCACGAGAGCUGUGUGCAGUCUCCAGAUCAACGACACUCGUGUCUGUAAUACGCAAGAUGUCGCAGCCGACGCAGACAGGUGAAGGAGGCUGUGGUCAAAAACUGCAGGCAUGCGGGCAGCGCGACGGUAAAGAGGGCUGGCCGCUGCGUGUGCAGAUGGACAGGGCGGACAAGACACCGGAGGUGGUGGAGCUGUCACCUCUUCAUACACUGCAGGACGUGGCCAAUGCGUUGCGACGCGUAGGUCCGUGA